GGCAAUAUGAUUGAGUAUACACCGGAAGAAUUCAUGAACAGUCAAUAUAUGUCAUUGAACAACGUUCUAUUAUAACGUCAAAUACAAAAAUGUAUAAUAUGAUUUUUCUUAACAAGUCUUAACAGCUUUCUAAUGCAUCGAGCAACCGUUUUGUGCCGCCGAUAGAAACUAAUCGUUUGAUCCUUUAUACCCAUUGUGUGGACUUUGUUAAAAGUUAGUUACCAACACUCGACUUUUCAUUGGCUAGUUUUGUUACAUAUUAGUUAUGCCAAGUGUAAUGAGUGAUUGUUACUGCAUUGAUUGAUUGGUCGAUUCGCACGUGGCGUUUUUCUUAUUGACGGAGACAUCAUUGUUCACGUACAAACUACACGCGGUAGUGUUCGCCCAGCAUCAGUACCAGUGUGAGGGUUUGCAGCAACAGCAGCUGUUGCGGCGGAAUUGUUAGUAUCGGUAUUCUCUCGGAUAGGACUUACGGACUUAAACUGGACAGUAUAUACCUCCGGUAUGAUAUAGAUGGACUGUGCGAUCGACUAUGGAUUCCGCUACAACUCAAAGUUCAACCUAUGCCGAACUCAACUGUUCUCUUGGGAUGCUGAGUGGAAAACUUCCUAUUGUUAAUUUUACCCAGGAAGGGUACGUUUUGGACUGUAACGUUACCAUGGAUACCAAUUCAAACAUUUCCUUCGCCGGUAUGCCACCACAUCCGGUUCACGCGGCGUCACUGGAGGCAGUCGUUGGACUUUCUUUGCUCUUUUUUAUCAUAGAAACUUUUGGCAUUGUUGGUAAUAGUCUCGUUGUAAUUGUUGUCCUAUUGGACCGGAAGAUGCGACACUCCGUGACAAAUAUUUUCAUUAUGAAUUUGGCUGUGUCUGAUUGGAUGAUAUUGGUAUUCGGGAUACCGGAAAUCGUGCAAGUGAUGUUGAACCGAGGCUGGGUACUAGGACCUGUCCUAUGUAAAUUCAACCGUUUUAUUCUUGUGGUAUCGCUGUACGCCUCCAUAUUGUCACUGGUGUCCGUUUGCAUAGAAAGGUUUGUGGCCAUUGUCCACCCCAUCAAGGCCCAGAUACUGUGUAACAGACGUAAGAACGCUAUAGCUGUCAUGUUAGUGUGGAUCAUUUCGAUAGCAUGUGGAUUACCCACAGCAAUGUACAACCAGGUUAUACCACCGGGAUACUGUCAAAUAGUCUUCCCAAACCAUAUCCGGGACAUUCAGAUAUUCAAGUUCACCGAAUUUGCACUGUUCUAUUUUGUACCGGUUUGUAUACAAACAGCACUUUACGCCGUGAUCGGCAAAAGCCUUUACGCCAGCACUGAUGAACUUAGUACUAAGUUUCACAUGCGGAAGGAGAACAACUGUAAAACGGACCGAGCUGCAGAAACGAUUAAGGCGCGAAAGGGUGUGGUUAAGAUGCUAGUGGCCAGUGUUAUGGUGUACAUAGUGUGUUACGCCGCCCCUCAGGUGCUAACAUUCUAUAACAUGUUUGCUGACCGGCCCUUCCACAUGAGCUGGUCGUUUGCAGUUUUCACAACCGUGGUGGCCAAUAUAAACUCCGCAGCCAACCCGGUACUGUACAGCAUAUUUAGUCAAAACUUUCGACGGAACUUCAAGAAGUGUCUGUUUUGCUUAUGCUUGCGUCACCGGCGAAAGGAGUAUAUCAGAGCAAGAUUUGACUCCUUUGAGUCACGCGGAUUAUCUCGAAAAGUGAGCACUACAACAAAAACAACUAUUUCAAGAUUAUAAUUUGUUAAAUUUCGAACAACUCUUGAUUCGAUACUGUAAUGAUAGCUUUGACGUCAUUGUUAUCAAACUUCAUGCUUCAUAAUUGAUACGUUUUACUAGUCCAUUGCAUCACUGUACAUGUACUUCUUUUGCAUUCCGUGCCCUCUUGCUUCUAUAAUAGUACUGUACAUGUCUGUGCAUGGUGCGUAUUCAAUAGAAUCCACAACUCAUAUUCACUUCUUAUAUUGGACGAUAUCUGCAUGUGUGUUGAGAAAUACCAAUGUCACCAGAGCUGGAUAGUAUGGGUAUUAUGGUCAACAUGUUGCGACAAUUAUCUAUGCGUGAAUCCUACAAUGCAAACGCUAUUUGUAUGUAUUGUCGAAGACACUGUGUUCUCUCUAUAAUCUUCUCUCAGUAGUUAAAGAGAGUUGUAUAUAUGAAUAUGAUUAUAUUUUAUAAGGAAUUUAAAAUGAGAAAAGGCAACAGAGGCGGCCGCUUCCAUACAUAUCGAUAUUUUGAUAAUAUUCAGCAAUUUAAGGAACAGAUGUUAGCCCUUGUAAUUGAAAUAUGAAAAACAUUACGGUAUUUUGUGCUAUGUUUGUCUUUGAAAAUGAUAUUUACGUGUUUAAUAUUUAUAUUUUAAUGAAACUGUCGUUCACUAUUCAACAGAGUAAUAAUAUCUGCGAUACACGAAUAUUUCGUAGUAAAAAUUGAUCGUGAUAAAUGAUGAUAAAUAUAAACAAUAAAUGAAAAAUCAACAUUACCGAAUAGGCUGUUAAAUUUACAUCCGUUUUUUUUAAACAAGAAACAAAUACAUAGAUGACAAGCGUUUGACAGACGUUUGACAGUAUGGAAUCCCGAAUAAGAUAAUUUUAAUAAUUUUCUAUUGAUUUGCUAUUUUAAGACAGGAUAGGUUUUCGUAGAGUAAAUGCAAUAAGCGUAAUUUUUGACAUCUUAUUCGAUCAACUACAAAAUGGUGACAUUUUAAUAGGGAUUUUUUAUGGUGAAUUUAAGUCAUCACGAUAAUCACACAGCCAAGUUGGAAGCUAUCCCUACUGGUUACGUUAUUAGAACAUCAGUAGAGCUUCCUAAAAGGAAUAGAAACCAACUUUCUCGUUGUUAAUGAUAAAAAGAUUUUAAGAUGUUAUUAUAUGGUCGCUGCAUUUAUUAUUCGUGCUGAUAUUAUACUGGAUUGUAACAAUGGAUAGGAAACGCAAGUCAUGUACUUUACAAAAUCUCUUUCCAGAACUGUAUGUUACAUGUACGGUAAAUAAAGGUUUGAUAUAUAUUGUGCAUAUUUUGAGCAAUUCGUACAUCAGUAAAAAAAACAAACAAACAAACAAACACCAAGCGAUUUCGUAUUUUUAAUCGUCAUCACUGUUCUGGAAUCAAAAUAGUUGUAUUGAUAGGGGUUUUAUGACGCUAUACGUUUGAUCAUGAAUCGAUUUAUUUUGCGCAAAUUUGCAUAUUGAGAAGGACGUGACCAACGAAGCAUAAGGCUGGUGCCUGAAGAUGUAUUUCAAAAUGAUGUGUAUACUAGGAAGCUGAUAAAAUCGAUGCUAAUUAUAGAGAAAAUCUCAAUACACCCGACGUUUUGGUCCCCAGUCCUACAAUGACGAUAGGGUAUCUUAAUGAGCAUAUCAAAGAUCGACAAUAGUACCACGGCUGUUACGGAGUAACGACAUACAUACUGUGACAAAGCGGACGUCGCCACGGAAAACAUUUCCGCCCGCUUGUUCUAGCCCUGAGCCACAUGCUCAUUCUGGUCUUGUGUGAAAUAUUUGCUAUUUUCAUACUUCAGUGAAAAUAGUGUUGAUUAUUGGUAAAUAUUCAUUCAUUGAUGUUUAAACAUCAAAAACAUCAAAUUAAUGAUUUUAUUUUAAUUGUGAUAUGUUGUGUAUAAUUACAGGAAACGGAUGUAAAACCGAAAAUUAUCAUAGAGUUGAUGAAUAUGUAUCGACACCAAUGACAUGGGUUUCAUUUAAUUGUGAUAGAUUUACAUCUACUGUGAUGUUAAAUGCUGGAAUUAUCUCAUCGAGGUGUGGAUACGUUUCAAAUAAACAACCAAUUUGUAAUGUAAAAUCA